UUAAACACUUUAUAAUCAUCACUUAUUCUCACGCACAUGUAUAUGUGUAUUUUAAUUAUGUUAAGAAUUACAAAUAUGUUACUAAUAGAAAAAUUGGCGAAAAAGGAGAGUGCUGCUUACGUAGUUUAUAACAAUAUAAUCCGGAAGUAGCCGAUAUUCACCGAUUCAAUAGGGUUCGUAAUCCUUAAAAUUUAACUAAUAUUUUAGAAAUGUAGUUGAACAUAUAAUAGUGCAAAAAGAUAGACCAUGAGUAUACAAUCUGCCUAAGUCGUCUAAAGGUAAACAUCUGAGUCCUGGUAGAUAUAUAAAAUAUUUACACAAGAAUUUUAAAUACGGCAGCAUAUAUUACAAUUUUCUUUAAAGUGAUAUAACUGGUCAAUUUAAUUUUAGUUACAUACCCAAUCUGUUUCGUUACAAAAGAAAAAAAGCCUAAAAAGGCCUUUAAGAGCAUGUCAUUCUCAAUGUUUUUUGUUUAACUCUACGAAAUUAGCUUUGCUAUUUUGUUUAUUUGUUUAUUCAGAUUAAUUUGUUCUAAAUACGUUUUUAAAUAUCGUUACCUAGUCAUGUUUUGAAUUAUUUACAUGUACAUAUAUGUUAUAUUAUAUAUCAUAUCAGACAAUAAAUUCUAGAAAAAUAGGGCCUUUUAUUGGUAUUAAGUUAUAUUUAACACAUAUUUACAGCAGAUACAGUGUAGUUAAUCAUUGCUGUGAAACUAUCCAGCAUUUUAUAUCUUUAUUCUAAUCGGUAAUGACUUUUAGGUUCAUACCAUCUGAAAACAGCAAUUGUUCUCGCACAGGGACGGUUAUCUCCGAUAGAUUUCUGAAACAUAACGGCAUAGAUAAUUAGGCAUACAACCUGAAGUUUAGAUUUCGGAUGUCGAUGGUCUCAAGUCCUUAAUAACUUUAACUUUGGUGGGAUAUUCUUUUAAGCAAUCUAAUGUGAGCACGUGACCGAAAUAACUUAUUUCGGGGUUACUCGAAUGGAAGCAAAUGCCUUUGUUUAUGUCUCGUUCAAUGACUGCCAUGAUUUUCCCUCGCGGACCUUUAAGUACCUAUCAUAAACACAUCUUCUCUACCGCGUCAAGACCAACCAAUGCUUAAACAUGAUAAACAAUGAAGGUACUUGUAUACUCUUUAAUGACAAACAAACUAGCGUCGGUGGUUCUACUCAGGUGCCCGUUCGUGCCUGAAAUAUAUAUAAUGCACGGAAGGGCACCUGAGGUCUUCCUCCACCAGUAAAGCUGGACUGUCGCGAAAUGACCUAUACUGUGUCGAUGUGACGUUAAACCCAAAACAAACAAACAAACUAGCGUCUAACAAACAUAAUCUGAGUGUUUACAUUGCAAUGUAUUCCUCAUGCUGGACAACACGCUUACCUAAGAAUGAACGAAUUUGUUUUGUAACUAGCAAUAACGAUUAGUUAUAUGAGCUAUAACAAAAGUAAAAAUAAUUAUUUAAGAUAUUUCAUUUGUUAGUGGUUUGCUUGUUUACCAAAUUAUCAAAAGUAAAACUAAUUAUAUUUUUGUGUCGACUACUACUUGUGACAGAUAGGAAUCACUUGUCCGGACUUCUCAACAACUACUGAAGCAAUUUCAUCCAAAUGUUACAGACAUGACCAGUACUAAGUCUAGUUGUGAAUAGCGUCGUCAUUUUCCAGUCGAAUGAUUUUAUGAGUUUAAUGAGUUAUGAGCCUUUAAUUUGUUUUCAAAGUCUGUCUGGAUUACUCAUACACAUGUACCACGCAAUUUGUAUGAAAUGUUGCAGGAUUCAUCGGCAACUAUAUUUUAUGUUUCUUUUUCCUGUUGCAUGACAUGGCUUUGGGCCGUUUAAGAUACAGUGAUAUACUGAGAUCACUUCUCCCUCAGCUGUCCGUCUGCCUGUCCGUCAUUCUAUCUAUCUAUGAAACAUAACGGUUUUCAAUGUUCAGCAUCAUCAGUUUGGUAAUUAUUACUUCUCUAAAUUACAGAAAGCACUUAAACAUCCGUGCAGUCAAUUUACACUUCCAACAAAAUGCCCAAUCACCUUUCAUUACAACUUCUUAUAAUUGACUAUCAUCAAGCGACACAUGUUAAUCACUGAUCGCUUUUGUCUGCUCUUGUCAAUAUUUCAUCGAUACUAUUCAUUGAAAUUGUAGCAAUACAAUGCAAAUGCAUAUUGCGCUACCGUUAAAUAAUAUAUCCAAUAUAAAUAAAUGUGUUUUAUGUAUAUUCAGUGACGUAUCAAAUUAUGAAUAGAUAUAAUAGGACCAAUGAAUACAUACAAUAGGGAUCUAUUUGAAUAUGAAUAUGUUUGUAAGUAAACUUGGCAAACUUUCAGAUCUGAAGUGGAUAUUUUUUCCGUUUAUAUAACUGUGUUUUCUGAAAAAAAAUUUGAAUUAUAUUUUUAAGAAAGUUACUUCUGAUUUUAAGAGAAAGAUGUCAAUUUAUAUUUUAAAGUGCAAGUAUUGUGAUAGGAAAUGCUUAAAUCGGUGUAGUCGUUGUCUAAGGGUGGGCUACUGUACAAAGAUAUGUCAAACCUUAGACUGGCCUAGUCAUAAGGUAGUUUGUUUUCGAAACGACACUAAAGCAGAUGUAGCUUCUCAGGGAAUUAAACAGGACCUUGAUGUUACUUUUCAGAAAGACCAUGAAACUAGUACUAAACCAAACAACAAUGAAGAAACAGGGCAAUCUGUAUGUAAUAAUUUUAGAGAUAUGCUAGGAAAUCCUAGACCAUCGCCUGAAACAAGUGAAGACCAGUUAGAUAUUGUUAAAGAAAAACGCUCCUUGAAUACACAAGAUGUUAGUACAGAACAUAUUGACGGUAUCACAGAUGUAAAACACGAUAACACGGAAGAUUGUCGAGAGUUUGAAAGAAAAUCAGAUGAACUUAACAGUCAGAGGACUGUUCUAGAUACAAAAGCUACAAAUAACUCAGAAGUUUUCAAAGAAAAUAAGGCAAAUUAUGAUCUUCAACCAAAUAACGCGACCACAGAAGCAUUAAACAGAAAAGCAUGUGGAUUUUGCAAAUCGUCUGGAUGUUCAAAAAAAUGUUCGGGAUGCAAAGAGACAUUCUAUUGUUCGACCAAAUGUCAGAGAGAAGACUGGAACCAACAUAAAACUAGAUGUAAAAAGGCUUUGUCUGAAGAAGACGAGCGAAUUCUCAGAUGUUUGAAGCACGCGCAAGAACAAAAUGUCAGGCUGGCAGCUUUUAUAGAAAUGGAAAGAAGUGCACAUCCGCCACAUCAAUUCUCUAGUUUUGGUCAGACUUACACAGGUCCAAGAGAGCGAUUUUGCCAAACAUUGACUCGAGAGCAGGCACUUUUUAGAUUAAACCCUCCUGAGGGUUCUCUAGAAAAAGCUAUCCGAAUGUCAAAAUCCUACUUUCCUGACUUUAAAGUUGUGACAGCAUUUGAUGAUAUCCCCGAUGAAUAUUAUCACUCUGUUUCUACCCUUCUGGAUCCAUGGAAUGACAAAUAUGUACUUGUUGCAUUCAUGUACAGAUAUCACGUGCACGUGAUGCGACAUGGCGUAUACUUAAAGGAUGAACAUGGCAAUGAAAGUAAGGUCGAGUUUUAUUUAGAUGAUUUUGGAGACAACCCGUUUCCGUAUUUCAGCUACUCCCAGGUUAAACCAGGUGGAUAUAUUUGUCUUGUAGCACCAGUUAUGCACGAAUUCAGAGAUGGAACAAUUGGAAUCAGAAUUGAUCUACCUGAACAAGUUCGAGUGCUAGAUAUAGAUGAUGUAAUGCGCACUUCUGUUGAGCAUUAAACACUUUAUCACCAUCACUUAUUCUCACAAAAAAUGUUUUAUACACAUGUAUAUAAAGAAGUACAGUCAUGUGUAUUUGAAUAAUGUUAAGAAUUACGGACUCUAUAAUAAGCAUUAAUUAAUAAAUGUAUUUAUGUUUUCUUUAAUAAUGAUGUCUUCAUUGAAGUGAGAAACACUAUUUUGCAUGACAAAAAUGUUACUUAUAGAAAGAUUCUCGAAAAAGGAGAGUGCAGCUUCCGUGGUUUAUAACAGUAGUCGAUAUUCAAAGGAUUCCUAACCCCUUAAAAUUAAAUUAAAAUUUUAGGAAUGUAGUUGUACAAAAAUUGUGUAAAAAGAUAGAUCAUGAAAUGGGUAUACAAUCUGACUUAAGUCGUCUAUAGAUAAACAACUGAGUCCUGGUAGAUAUAUAAAAUAUAAAUAAAUAAUGUGACAGACGGCAACAUAUAUGGCAAUUUUCUUUCAAGCGAUACUGUUGGUCAAUUUAAUAACAUAGCUAAUAUGUUUCGUUUCAAAAGAAAAAAAAACCUUGAAGAUAAUGUGUAACAUGACGUCAUUGUCUUACAACUAUACCAUUCCCCAUUGUUUUUGUUUAACUCUACGAUUUUUGUUUACCUCUACGUGACAUUAUGCCCAUCCAAGGGUAUAUAGUGAGUGAAAAGGUGAAAGUCAAGUUUACAGUUUGCCAUAAUUCCAUUCAAUUUCAUAUAUUGCUUCACACGAACGAUAAAUGACUCACAUGGGCCAAGGAAAUUUCUGCAAAUAUCCAUCGGAAUUUAGCAAUAACAUUCAAUUUUUAAAAAGCGUGGGACAGUCUUUUUAUAUUUUUUGGCAGACUUAAAUUUUAUUCUAAAGAUUUUUCCAGGAUCAAUUGAUGGUAAAUCACCAUUAUAACAGUAAAUCUUUUGAAAUAUAUAGUCUAUUCGGCUCUACUUGACAAUGAAAAAUUGAACAUAAUGUCACUUUAACCUGUAUAUAUUGUUUAUUUGUAUAUUUAGAUUACUUUGUUCUAAAUACAUUUUUUAAAUAUCGUUACCUUGACAUGUGUUUAAAUAUUUUACAUGUUUGUAUUAUGUCUGUUUUUUUUGUUGGAUUUUAAGUAAGAUAGGAAUGUUUAAAUGUAGAGGUUAAAAUAUGUUAUAUUAUAUCAGACAAUAAAGUUUAGAAAAGUAGGGCCUUUAACCGGUAUUUAGUUAAAUUUACCACAUAUUCACAGCAGAUACAGUGUAAUUAGAAAUGUAAUGCUAAGUUGAGUCUAUAAGUUUUGUAGUCUUAAAAUUUAAUUCAUAAACAUGCAUUCUUUACUAUUGAUAGUUAAUCGAUUAUAAGAUUGCAAAUCAAGUUGUCAAAAUAUUACCAAAUAAUUGUACACCUCAUGUGCGUUUAUAAGUUGUGCUCUGUUGUUGCACAUGUAUUACUGAUCAAUUAUGUCACAUGCUUGACAGCGUUAUGGUCACAAGGCAAAUGUUCUCCUUCAGUGCUCGUUUUAACUCUUAUAUAAAUAAAACUUUCUAAUUAAAACUUUUGGUUCAAACAUUUGUUACAGGUCAACUCUAGGCAAUUAUUAUACAUGCAUAUAUCCGAGCAUGUUAUACAUAAUGUUUAUUUGUUUGUUACUACAGAUCUACGAAGUUAAGUGGAUAAGAUCGACGAUUAUCUUUAUUCUAAUCGGGAAUCACUUUUAGGUUCUUGCAAUGUGAAUACAGCAAUACAUCUCUCAAAGGGCCGGUUAUCUCUGAUAGAUUUCUGAAACUUAACAACAUAGAUAAUUAGGCAUACCAUUUCGGAUUUUGGAUGUCGAUGGUCUCAAGUCCUUAAUUGCUAAUAAUUUAGUGGGAUCUUCUUUUAAGCAAUCUAAUGUGAGAACGUGACCUAAAUAUCUUAUUUCGGUGAGAAUAACUUUUGAUUACUCGAAUUGAAUCUGAUGCCUUUGUUUAAAGGUCGUACAAUGAAUUCAAUGAUU